AACCAGAAAAUGUUACAAAUAAUAGAGGUGCUGAAUAUCAACCCAGAUAUAUAUGUUCAGAGUGUUUUGUUAGACAAGAGAGUCACUUCUAUGAACAAUAUAGCUGUGGAUAUCCAAAAUUUGACUGUAAACAUUUACACAAAAAUGAUGCAAAUGAUGAACUUCAAAUUUUGG